AUGCGUACUACUCAGGUCUUCCAACUCGGCUUUGCCGUUCUCACUUUCUUCCUCGUUGGCCUUCUCCAUGGUGUAACCUACGCUGCUGUCCUGCCAGCCAACAAAGUUGUUGCUGGGAAGAAAGAAUUUGUCGACUACCUGACCCAUUGGUCGGGUGAAAUCAUGCCUUUGGUUCCUCUCAGAGUCGAAGGUGAAUACUAUCCUGGUGGCCCGCUCUACGACUUGCAAGGCAAUGGUCUUGACGCCAUUGAAUCGCAGCUGCUUGAAGACCCGCGUUUUAACCUAACGGCCUUUGGAAACUCCACUCUUGACUUCACUGGUGAACCAUCUGAUGGUGAACUGCAGAAACGUGAUCGUCAGGUCUACUUGUGUGAACGCAAGCCACGUGAUUUCGACGGUAUCGUUCCUGAGGAUGUCAAGCCUGUCAUCGACAAACUCCUAAGACCCCCAUGGCAAAAAGCAUUCUGCUAUGCAGACGCCAAUUCUUGCACCUUCUUAGGUUGUCAUGGAGAAUCUGGGAUCUUCCUGUGCAAUCAUCGCAACACCAACCUCCGUACUCUUUGUGGAUCUGCUUGUGGUCGCUUCUCCCUAAAUGUGUAUAAUCGCAUGAUGAAGGAUAAACGGCAACACUCCCUCAAGUUGCCUGCCCACGGUGAGCCUAUCUGUAGAGGUUGGAACCUCAACAGUUACAGAUACAUUGGCUGGUCCUGGCUAGAGAGUGAUAUGUCCUGGGAAGUUGAUCUCAUUCCCUAUCGUGGCAAACCUUGCCCUUUGAACGUUAACGCUCCUCUUCCUGGCUAA